AUGAAUGAGAAUCAAAACUUAGAACGCAUUCAGAGAGAAGUGAAACGAUAUAAACAGCAAACAAAUAGCUUCAAGAACAUCUUCAAGCAUAAGAACAACAUAUCCGCUGCUAGCUUCCAUGUUUCUCGUGUUAUUGCUGUACAUGGAAAACCACUUUCCGAUGGUGAGUAUAUAAAAACUGCUUUUAGAAAUGCUCAGAAGCGCUAUUCGAAGAUUUCCCUAACAAGUCUUCUUAAAAGAAUUGACGAGCUACCUAUUGCAAGAAAUACAGUAAAGGAAAGAAUCAUUGCAAUGAAUGAAGAUGUAACAGAGCAGCUUUUGCUUGAUUUGAAGCAAGCAAAAAUGUUCUCAAUUUGUUUAAAUGAAAGCACCGACGUGACAUCAUCUUCUCGUUUAGCAGUUUUUGCAAGAUUUCCAUCAGGAAAUGUAAUGAAGGAAGAGCUCAUUGAAUUAUUGACCUUGUCUGAAACAACAAAAGGCCAAGAUGUAACGACUGAAUUGAAGAAAGAAUUUUCUGUGUUAGGAAUAGAUAUGGAAAAUAUUGUGUCGACCAGAAAUGCCCUUUGUGCAAAAGCUCUUCAAUCCCUUCAAAACGUUUUAAUUGUUGUUACAAAAACCGUCAACUAUAUUGCAGCUCGUGCUCUCAACAAACGUAUGUUUGCAGAGUUACGAAAAUCAUGCGACAGUGAAUAUUCUGGAUUACUAAUGUACAAUAAUGUAAGAUGGUUAAGUUGUGGUAAUGUGUUGCAGAGAUUUGUCGUGUUAUUGAAAGAGGUAAAAAGUUUCCUAGUUGAGAAAAAUGAAACAUACCCAGAGUUGAGCGAAGCUACGUGGUUGAAUGAUUUACAUUUCUUUGCGGAUUUUACAAACCAUUACAACACUUUGAACACUAAAUUGCAAGGCUGUGGAAGUACUGCGUUAUUGAUGAUUGGGCAUGUUAAAGCAUUUGAGAAAAAACUUGCUGUGUUUUCUGCAGACUUGAAAGAAGAUUAA